AUGGCCGAUCGUACGCGAGUUUACAUCGGCAAUUUAGGAUCUGGCGCCGCUAAGCACGAAAUUGAAAAGGAGUUUGCACGCUAUGGACCUCUGAAAGAUGUUUGGAUUGCUCGAAAUCCGCCAGGUUUUGCCUUUGUGGUAUUUGAUGAUCCACUAGACGCACAAGAUGCAGUUGAAGCAUUGGAUGGAAGAAGACUAUGUGGAGCACGCGUUCGAGUGGAAAUUGCUCGUGGUGAUUCUCAUCCGUCAGUGAAGAGAUCGACAGGUCAUCGCGAUCGUGGUGGAUAUGGGGGUAACCGAAAUGAACCUGAUCGCUAUUCCAGUAGGCGCUCAAGAUCUUUCUCUAAGGAAAAGUAUGAUAAACCACCUCGUCGUCGAUCCGGCUCCAGAGAUAGAUUUGACGACAGGCGGGAUCGUGGUGCUGUCAGACGUUCACUUUCACCAUAUCGAGAAAGAGUAGAGCCAGACUACCGCAACAGACGAUCACGAUCGAAGGAACGAUACCAGCGCAGACGAUCAGUUUCACCUUCAAGACCGAAAUAUGAAACAAACCGGUAUGAUACGGGUGACGGAAGACACGAUUCCCCAUCGAGGGGUAAAUACAUGUCACGUCAUAGAUCUCGAUCUCGUUCACGAUCGCCAAUGUCAAGAAGAAGAAGAAUCGAGGAAGGCGAUGCUAGAUAUAAAUCACCUAGAGAAAAUCGAGGGUCGCCAGGCCACAGCCAAGAACGCCGUGACUAUUAACAUUGCUAUAGAAUAAUUAUUAUUAUUAUUCACUUGAUUCUGGCUGGGACUCUUAGAAGUUCACUUAAUUCUGGCAAUCAACUAAUUUUGAAAGGAACAUAUUUCGGUUAUUCGUUUACAUGCAGAUACACGUGCAGAUACACGCAUACUUCUACAUCCUGUAUUGGCAUUAAACUUUACUGUCUAAAUAGAUGUUAAUAUUUCAGUUUUACUUAUCACUUGUACUUAUGCGAUCGUUUAACUGUUAUUCAUGUUAUGUAUUGAAAUGCUAAAAUGUUGUCAUUAUCAUCAAUAAAAU